UGGUGUCCCUGUGCACUCCACGAACAACAUCUUGCACUGGCAAUGCUCAGGCGUUGGGAACUCAGUAUGCUCUAUUGAGUGUUUACUAUAACGAGGCAGUGCGAGAAAUGAGUGACGCCAGCUGCCCGCGGAUCCUUUGAGAGCUCCUCGGCAACCCCGCUGUCUCCUUCCGAUUCGGUUCACAGCCUGGCGUUAUGCCCACAUUGCCUUCUCGUAGAACAGGUCCUGGGUUCAUGUUGACGAGAUCGGCAGCGUCCACCACAUUCAGAUUGUUCGCUAUUUCCGAGUCUUCAAUUUCACUCCUUCACGUUCGCAUGACCUUGCAUCUUUUUACUCAAUCCGUACAGAGUUUCUGCCUCUGUCUGUUUUACUACCUUCCCGCAGGCUCAUGGCGCUACGCAUUGGACAAGUCCUUCGUGGUGCAAAGCAUAGAUAUGAGCUGUUGUAUCCACUGAAAGAUUCCACCGUCUUCAAAGCCAAAGUGUUGUCCAGCCGUAUCGCAAAGGCAGAAUGGGUUAUGAUCAAAACAGCCGCUACCGAUGAGGAAAAGAUGUGUUUGAGGCGCGAAUACAGAAACUACAGAGUUGAAGACAUUGCCUCGAGCCCGUACAUCCGAGCUCUGUGCGAUAUUGUGAGGUUGAACGAACACCAAGACGACCCAUCAUGCUUAGUGUUCGGAUGGAUGGACCAUGAUUUGGGAGCUGUAACCGCCCCCGAAUUUCGCGGCAAUCCAGUAAUACCCAGAGUCGUGUCUAAGGCGGUUCUAUCGGCUCUCGACGUUUUGAGAACAAUUAAUGGCGUCCAUACGGAUGUCAGCCCGAAUAACAUCUUCGUUUCUCAUAUCCAUGGGAGCUCUCCAGUUGCUAAGUUAGGAGAUUUAGGUAAUGCAAUCAAAGACGGCUCUUCAACGCAACGUCUUCAAAGCCUACCAUGUAGAGCGCCCGAGGUCUGGCAAGGCUUGGCUUGUCGACACUCCUCAGAUGUAUGGUCUCUUGGUGCUACGUUGACAACAAAAGCAUCGCCGCUCGGCCUUUUUGGCGAUGCUAACAAGGUUAUUGACGGACACACUGAAGCAUACCCGUUAGGUCAGCCUAUUGACUGUCAGACUUACAAGAACGAGUUUAAGCUUGCAGAACAGUUAGCGGUUAUGGAUCAUCCUCUUAGUCCCAUAAAGCUUAUUACCAAAGGCAACUGGCGUGAGGAAUUGCAGCACAUCCCAGAUCCUUCGGUGUCACCAGACCUGCUAGACUUCAUUGAGUCUUUACUGGUCAUUGACCCUGAUAAGAGACCUCUUGCUUCUGAGGCAUUGUUACACCCCUAUUUGCAAUAUGUUGCGUAA